AUGGCGUGGCUCACUGCAGGGGUGGGUAAAGCUGGCUCUGUUUCCAACAAGUGCAAGAUUUUCAUCCAGGAAAAGUAUUCUUCUCCCACGCUUCAAAUCUUAGCCUUCGAGACAACCAAAGUCAUGUCGCGUCUUGUCGCCCUGUAUAAGUCUCUCUCUGAUGAUGAAUUCUUCAAACUCCGGAACGGUCCCAUGAAAUCCCCUGGCGUUGCGUUUUUGAACUCCACAGAUGAAAGCUAUCUUCUUGGCCUGGCGUGUAAAGAGAAGCUCGAGGAUCUCAAUCUGGCUGCCACCAUAAUUUCACGUUUGGGUAAAAAAUGCAUCGAUGAAGAGCUUAACAGGUUUGAAAUCGCUUACCAGAACAUGAAACAGGGAAUUUUUUAUGACUGCAACCUUGAAUUUAACUCCAGAAAUGUUGGAAAAAUCAUCGAGAAGAUGGAGAAAUACACGAGCUCGACAUCUAUUCUGUACGCCUCUUUGUUAGACCUCAACGAAUUAGAAAUAUCAGAGAAAAAAAUGCAAAAAUGGAAGAGAAACGGCUGCCCCAAAAAAUCAUCAGAAAUGACCAACAUUGACUACUUGAACGAGAAAAUCUCUUUCCAAAGAAAACAGGUGCGACAUUUCAGACAGAUUUCCCUUUGGAGCCAAACAUUUGAUAAGAGCGUUGGGUUAAUGGCUCGAAUCGUCUGCGUCAUUUACGCCAGAAUAUGCACCAUUUUUGGACCCUUUGUUCCAAGCCUUCCUUGCACCACCAAGAACAGACAUUCCAACAGGCGCCUCUAUAUUUCGAGCCCAAAAGCUUUACACUUGAAGGUUUAUCCAGAGGCCGAUUAUUGCCUCCUUGUGGAUAAAGAGAAGUACUUGCAACAGGCCUCGAAAUCGGGUCCAAUCAUGAAUGCUUCCAGGAUCAAACGAGGUCCCACCCGUUUCCACAGCGGAGAACUAUCACCUGAUCUUAAAGCCUUAGGUUUCCAAAUUUCAGCUGUUACCAUAACCGAUAAAAUCUCCACCAAAAACAACAUUGAGGGAAAUGCUAGAAGAAACCAAAGGCUGAUACAAUCGGCUCCAAAGAACACUGUAGGAGCAGCAGGGCUUGCCGUUCGUUACGCAAACCUAAUCAUCAUGGCGGAGACCUACUUCUACUCAACAACAAUCAUCACCGACGACGCUCGGGAGCACAUGUUCGAGAUGUUACCAAUAAGCCUGAGACACACACUGAGAGCGAAGCUUAAAAGCCAUUGGUGCAAAGAUGCUGAAGAAUGUGAAGGGCAACAGGGUUUGGCGGAAGGGUGGAAAGAGGCUUUGGAGGAGAUAAUAGGGUGGCUGGCUCCGGUGGCGCAUGAUACGUUGAGAUGGCAGCAAGAGAGGAACUUGGAGCAACAAAAAUUAGAUGCAAAGCAGACAAUUUUAUUGUUGCAAACAUUGCAUUUCUCGGACUUGGAGAAAACGGAGGCUGCAAUUGUGGAGGUUUUGGUAGGAUUGAGUUGUAUAUAUAGGUACGAGAAUCGGCGGGAGAAGGAUAGUGUUGGCUAUAAUGAAUCCAACGUUGGUAGACGACCAUGA